GUAGAACUAACAUAUCCCAAGGCUAUGUUGCUUUCCCUAUGUCUGACAAGGGUCAAAAGGCUUGGAUAGAGAAGACCUUUUCAAAAAGAGAAUGCAUCUACAUAAUUGCCAACAACAAAGAUAUUAACAGGUGCUGCUGUGGCCAGCUUAUUAGUCAACAUAUUCCAAUUCCUCCAAGUACAGCAGCUAACAAAAAUGGAGAGGAAACAAAGCAAUUGGAACCUCAGCCAGAAAAAUGGACCAUCAGUAAACACACCCAAACAUGUCCAACAGAUGCCUAUGGAAAUCUUGAGUUCCAGGGAGGUGGACAUUCAAAUAAGGCCAUGUAUAUACGUGUGUCGUUUGACACCAAACCAGAUUCUCUGCUUCAUCUCAUGGUGAAAGACUGGCAACUGGAACUUCCCAAGCUUUUAAUCUCUGUCCAUGGGGGCCUCCAGAAUUUUGAAUUGCAACCUAAAUUGAAACAAGUAUUUGGGAAAGGCCUGAUCAAGGCUGCCAUGACAACAGGAGCCUGGAUUUUCACUGGAGGAGUUAGUACUGGAGUAAUUCGCCAUGUGGGAGAUGCCUUGAAAGAUCAUUCUUCCAAGUCCAGAGGACGAAUCUGUGCCAUAGGAAUUGCACCAUGGGGCAUUGUGGAAAAUAAAGAGGAUCUGAUUGGGAAAGAUGUGUCAAGAGUUUACCAAACAAUGUCAAACCCUCUAAGUAAGCUCUGUGUGCUCAACAGUUCUCAUACACACUUCAUCUUAGCAGACAACGGCACACUUGGUAAAUAUGGAGCUGAAGUUAAGUUGCGACGUCAACUGGAAAAACACAUCUCCCUUCAGAAAAUUAACACACGUCUGGGACAAGGUGUGCCCGUGGUUGGGCUCAUAGUUGAAGGGGGUCCCAAUGUGAUCUCUAUUGUCCUGGAAUGCCUGCGAGAAGAGCCCCCUCUGCCCGUUGUGAUCUGUGAUGGCAGUGGACGAGCAUCUGACAUUCUGUCUUUUGCACACAAAUAUUCUGAAGAAGGGGGGAUAAUAAGUGAAUCUCUCAGGGACCAGCUUCUAGUUACCAUUCAAAAAACCUUCAACUAUAACCGGAACCAAGCCCAUCAGCUGUUUGUCAUUCUCAUGGAAUGUAUGAAAAAGAAGGAACUUAUAACCGUGUUCCGUAUGGGUUCUGAAGGGCAACAGGACAUUGAGAUGUCUAUUUUAACUGCUCUACUUAAAGGUACCAACGCAUCUGCACCAGAUCAGCUGAGCUUGGCGUUGGCCUGGAAUCGUGUGGACAUUGCACGUAGCCAAAUCUUUGUCUUUGGACAUCACUGGCCGCCUUUAGGAAGCCUUACAGUGACUGAUGGCACAGCACCUGAGAAGGAAAAGAAAUCUCCAGCAGUUCAAACUAAAGCAGCCAGAGGGAAAGGAAAAGGAAAAAAAAAGGGAGGGAAAAUGAAAGAAGAGCCGGAAGAAGAAACAGAUCCACGGAAGCUUGAACUACUAAACUGGGUGAAUUCCCUGGAGCAGGCUAUGCUGGAUGCCCUGGUACUCGAUCGAGUUGAUUUUGUGAAACUCUUGAUUGAAAAUGGAGUGAACAUGCAACGCUUCCUCACUAUUCCUCGACUAGAAGAGCUUUAUAAUACUAGAUUGGGUCCACCAAAUACACUGCAUUUGCUAGUCAGGGAUGUGAAAAAGGGAAAUCUUCCACCCGAUUAUCAUAUCAGCCUGAUAGAUAUUGGUCUUGUACUUGAAUACCUCAUGGGUGGAGCUUAUCGUUGCAACUAUACUCGAAAAAGUUUUCGGACCCUUUACAAUAAUUUAUUUGGACCAAAGAGGCCAAAAGCUCUUAAACUUUUAGGAAUGGAGGAUGAUGAGCCUCCAACCAAAGGGAAGAAGAAGAAGAAGAAAAAGAAAAAGGAGGAAGAGAUAGAUAUUGAUGUGGAUGACCCAGAAGUCAGCCGCUUUCAGUACCCAUUUCAUGAACUCAUGGUAUGGGCAGUGCUGAUGAAACGGCAGAAGAUGGCACUCUUUCUUUGGCAGCGAGGGGAGGAGACCAUGGCCAAAGCACUUGUGGCAUGUAAACUGUACAAAUCCAUGGCUCAUGAGUCUUCAGAGAGUGAACUGGUGGAUGACAUCUCUCAGGAUUUGGACAACAACUCAAAAGAUUUUGGCCAACUGGCUGUUGAGUUGUUAGAUCAAUCCUAUAAACAUGAUGAACAGGUUGCCAUGAAAUUACUGACCUAUGAACUGAAAAAUUGGAGUAACUCCACCUGCCUAAAACUUGCUGUGGCAGCUAAACACAGGGACUUCAUAGCUCACACCUGCAGCCAGAUGUUAUUAACAGACAUGUGGAUGGGGCGACUACGCAUGCGGAAAAACCCAGGCCUUAAGGUUAUAAUGGGGAUUCUCUUCCCACCCACCAUCCUAUUCCUAGAGUUUCGCAGUUCUGAUGAUUUUUCCUAUCAGACAUCAAGAGAAAAUGAAGAUGGCAAAGAAAAAGAGGAGGAAAAUGUGGUUGAGUCCAUGGACAUAAAAGAUUCUUUUUUCCAGAUAUCAUACCUGGGUUACCUAAUGCUGUUCAAUUAUAUAAUCUUGGUGCGGAUGGACCGCUGGCCCUCGCUCCAGGAAUGGAUUGUCAUCUCCUAUAUUGUGACUCUGGCUUUAGAGAAAGUAAGAGAGAUUCUGAUGUCGGAGCCAGGCAAGCUGAGCCAGAAAAUAAAAGUCUGGCUGCAGGAAUACUGGAAUAUCACUGAUAUGGUGGCUAUUUCAGUAUUUAUAAUUGGAGCAAUUCUUCGCCUACAGAACCAGCCUUACAUGGGUUAUGGAAGAGUAAUCUACUGUGUGGAUAUCAUUUUCUGGUACAUUCGAGUACUGGAUAUCUUUGGUGUGAACAAGUAUUUGGGACCCUAUGUCAUGAUGAUUGGAAAAAUGAUGAUUGACAUGCUGUACUUUGUGGUCAUCAUGCUUGUGGUUCUGAUGAGUUUUGGAGUAGCCCGCCAAGCUAUCCUGCACCCAGAUGAGGAGCCCUCUUGGAGACUAGCCCGCAACAUCUUCUAUAUGCCCUACUGGAUGAUCUAUGGAGAGGUGUUUGCAGACCAGAUAGACCCUCCUUGUGGGGAUAAUCUUUAUGAUGAGGAUGGUAAACGUCUCCCUCCAUGCAUACCUGGGGCCUGGCUCACUCCUGCUAUCAUGGCUUGUUACCUUCUGGUAGCAAACAUUCUACUGGUAAAUCUGCUGAUUGCUGUCUUCAACAAUACCUUCUUUGAAGUGAAGUCCAUAUCCAACCAAGUUUGGAAAUUCCAGCGAUAUCAGCUGAUCAUGACAUUCCAUGACAGACCUGUCCUACCUCCACCUAUGAUCAUCUUCAGCCACCUCUACAUAAUCAUCAUCCGCCUUUGCUGUCGCUGUAGGAAGAAACAAGAAGGGGACCAGGAUGAACGUGACCGGGGACUGAAAUUGUUUCUGAAUGAUGAAGAGCUGAAGAAAUUGUAUGAAUUUGAAGAGCAAUGUGUUGAGGAAUAUUUUCAAGAAAAGGAGGAUGAACAACAAUCAUCUAAUGACGAACGUAUCAGAGUCACAUCUGAAAGAGUGGAAAACAUGUCUAUGAGGUUAGAAGAAGUGAAUGAAAGAGAACAUUUUAUGAAAGCUUCUCUUCAGACAGUUGACCUUCGACUUUCUCAACUAGAGGAGCUAUCUGGUCGGAUGGUGAAUGCCCUCGAAAAGCUGGUGGGUAUUGACAAAUCCGAACUGACGCAUACACGCUCACGAGCUUCUUCUGAAUGUGAUGCCGCUUACCUCCUGAGGCAAAGCAGUGUCAACAGCUCUGAUGGCUACAGCAUGUACAGAUACCAUAUCAAUGGUGAUGAGUUAACAUUUGAUGAUAGCACCACCCCGAUGUCACCAGCCAUGGCAUUGCGCAAAAAAGCCUAUUAUUUUGGUACGAAAGAAGAGAGAGAUUGUGCAGACUCAAAGAUGAAGCUGGUUCCAGAACGUCAGGGUAGUCUUCGCUAUAUCUCCAGUGCUAAUACAGUUGCCACUACAGAUUACAAUAAAUCUACAUUAGAAAUUGCACAGAAUGUCACUAGACCCCGAUCUGAUUCAGACAUUUGUGUUUCAUCUGAUGACAAGCAAGGGAUUUCCAAGAGUGAUGAAACAAUUCCCCAAAGCAUAAAGCAAACAGAUAUUGUUAUGAAUGAACAGUCAGUCACAAGACCAGAUUUUCAGAACACUUAUUUAACAGUAGAAAGGACCAAGUUAGAAGCUACUAUCUCUUAUCCCUUGGACAAGUCUAAGGCAAUGCGCUAUUACCCUGCUGAAGCUUUCAAUGCAUGUCAAACAACCAUGCUAAAGUCAAGAAGCUUUAUAUUUGCACAUGGAGGGAAACUGGCUGGAGGGGUCAACAACUGGACCACAGAAUAUAACACCAUAAUGGAUCAAGUGUGCCCUUCCACAGUUGAACGGUGGACUAGUGAGUGGAAAUACCAGGCUGAACAGAAACUUUCUAAUGAACCUAGUCCAGAAUAUCCUGGUGAGUCUGAAGCAGAAAGGCAAGCAGAGCAGAAACAGUUACUGACAGAUACAGAAGAUGACAACGAUGUUGGCGAAGCAGAUGUCAGUGCCUCUCAUACUUCUACACCCGUCACUGACAGGACUGAGACAGAAAACUUACUGUCAGUGAAGCCAGACAGGACUAAUAGAUUCCCAUCUGUACGAUCAAAGAGUUUACACAGCCAUUCUCGGAAAGCCAAGUCCAUUAAGGACAAAUUAAAUAGACCAGGACACGCCAGCAGUGUAACUAAUCUAUUGGUGGCCUGUGGCAGUGCAACAGAAGAAAAAAAAGCUAAGCAAGAAGACACUUCCACAGAAACUGAGUGCUAAAAUGGUUCAUGUGGCAGUGAUGGUCAAGAAUUUGUUUGGAUUAGUUUAACAAAUAUACCACACUGAACAGAAAUGUUUGAAAAUGUAAUUCCUAAAAAAUCAUGCAUUUACUGAUUUUCUGUAUUUUUAAUUCUGUAGAAAUGUUAAUGCCCUGUUCUCAAACAAAUGCUUUGUGAUUUGGGUGAAAGGAAGACAUGCGCUUUAGGGGUGGAUGUAAGGCGAGGCAUGAUAAGAAAAUGCCAAGUGGUCCACACCUUUCUGGGGUCUGUCGGCCUUCCACAUUUAUUUAUUGACUGAGUCUUUAUUAGAGCUGGUUGAAAACUGGAAAAUAUUUUCAUAAAUAAUUGAGAAAAUUCUCUCCCUUUUUUCAUUGGAAAGCUGCUAAAUUCAAACUUUUUGGACUAGCUUUAUCUUCACAUGUGCACCUGAUUUCCUUAUGGAUGUAGUCUUUUUUUCCUUUAAAGUACUGAAUGCAAAGGAAAGUUUUGCAAUCUUCUUGAUUUCACAGAUACCUCUCAGUUAAAUUACUAAGGAAUGCACAUCAGAAAUGAUUUUCAGUCAAUAAAAUAGACAUAAACUGAGUUAAAACAAUACAAAAAAAUGCAGGUUUCUCCAAGAACAGCAGGACUUGGAAGCCAUCAGUUUGGUCUAGUACCAAAAUAUUUCACUUGUCUUUGAACAUGGAUAAUGGCAUCUUGUUUUCUGUUGCUCUGAGAAGGAGUAUCCUCUUUAGCAAGCAUGCAUGCAUACACACACACAUA